AUGACCAAGAGCCGACGCCAUGACAUCGUGAAGCCCUCCAAGUAUAAGACCUCCAUGUGCACGUUCUUUCGCAGCGAAGAGGGCUGCCCGUUUGGUGAGAAGUGCGCCUUCGCCCACGGAGAGGAUGAGCUGCGGCCGGAGCCGAAAGACACGACCCCACUGCCGGAAGCGGCGACAGGAGAGGCGGUGACGGCUGUGGCUUCCACGUUGUUGACAUCCGACUCGCCCCGCUCGGAGCACUUUCAUACGAGAGUCGCUUCGGGAGAUGGGCAGCACAACGAUGCACCAGCACAGGAGCUGCAUCACGACCCAUCCGCUUCCAUGCCCACCAUCGCAGGAGCGAAGCGGAAGACCAAGAAAGGCAGUUUGGACUCGUCUUUGGCGUCAAUUGGAAAUGCCCACAGCUUUCCUGGCGGCAGCCCCAGUGUCAGCGGCAGCGGCAGCGCAGCCAGAGGUGAUGCUCCCCCCGCCCGAGGGCGCACCUUGCCGAAUCGCCGUCAGCAGCUACCCCCGCCGCCUCUGCUGGGGCAUGGAGCGAUGCCGUCAACCGCGUAUGGCCUCACUGUCCCCCCACCGCCGCUCCCGCAACCGACGCCUCCUUCAUUUAGCCUUUCCGGUGACUUCGGCGGCCUCGCGUACGCGGGCAUGCCGGCGGUGAUGCCGGGGAUGCCCUAUUACAUCCCUGCGAUGGGCCACCACCCGUUCUCUGCCAUUAAUAAUCAGCACGCCAUCAAUGCGGCCCCCGUAAUGCACGACUCUACGUCGUACCCAACCUUGCAGCACAUCAUGCAGCCACCGCCGCCGCCACCAGCGACCACGUCAAGCUCCUCUGCGCCGCCAAGUUCGACCAGACGGGCCAACGGCGUCACCGCUGCCGACGCGCUGCCGAGAGAGGAUGCGAAGCACCGCCUGCGUCAGCCUAUGCGACACGUGGUGAGUAGCAACACCAUGGCACACAGCACCGGUCGGCACCCAGCCAACGCAUCGGCGACGGCGCCGGAUAACGUGACCACGCCGCAGUACCUCUACAACCUCAUGGCCGCAGCCGGUGUACUCCUAACCUCCUCUCCAGAACUGGCGAGCAACAACCAACCGAACUCUAGCGUUGAGCAGCCAGCGCAGCCUCGCCUGAUUGUAGUUCCCCACCCUUCAGGCUCGGGUGUCUGCAUGGUGCCGAGCACCGUCAUGAACUACCCACACUCAGACCCUCAGAGCUUCGCGGCCUUUGGCGGUGUUGCCGCAGCCUCCUCACCACAUCGCUCAACGGCGUCAAUGCCAGGCAGUAGCGACAGCGGUCUUCGUAGCCCGCAGCCCACGCCGACGGCGGCGGGCAGCAACAGCGCGGCUGCAGCACAAUUUCUUCCGCCAGACUUCGUGGCAGCGACGUCAGCGCCGGCGACUGUUGGGCAUAUCCCACUAAGCAGUACGAGCCAUGGCCAGAGCGGCAGCGGCAGCCGAAGCAGCAAGGUGAUCGGUGACAGGCUGUGGGGCCCAGCGGAGGGGAGCAUGAACCCCGUUACCUCGUCUCUGGCCGGCAACUCCGGCGCUACCACCUCGUCCACUGAAGAGCACGGCAGCAGUACAGGAGACUACAACGCUAUCUUGUCAGGCCUCGGCAUCGGCGGCUCUUCGUACACAACCAUCCCACUUGACCAGCUCAUGCGCCAGUGCAGCGCCAGCAGUAGCGAGGACGACUUCGGCGUGGAAGGAGACUUUGACUGGACAGGCGCGGUGGAGCGCUGGCUGCAGACGGGUCGCGAGGAUGGCAUGGCGGCCGAGCCGGCGUCGGCAUUAGCCGACGAUACACCGACCACCGCCGCUGCGGGCGUAGCGGCGGCUGACAAAACCGCCGCCUCUACUCCCGGGGCAACACCCACCGCGGCGAAGACCUCGGAAACAGUAGCGGAAACGUAUCAUCUGCAGAGCGGCCGCUCUGUUAUGGUUGCACUGAAAAGCAACCCAGUCCUCGUGGACAUGGAAAUACAGAGCACCGAAGCCAACGCGUCCUUGCCAGCGCCGGGGUCAUCAUCGACGGAAGCGAAGCGCAGACCGACCGCGGCGGUGUGCCAGGUGUCACGGGGGGCGGGUGGCAACCCCUCGCAACCGCAGCGCCGCGCUCCCGUCACGAAGAACCAGUUCAAGAGUUCGUGCGCGGCAGAGGCGGACUCCGGUGCAGUGCUGCUCUACUGCGCCGAGAAGAACACGUUUGUGUACAUCCCCUCUGGUGGCUCAGGGGCGGCUGUGGCGGUGACCCCAGGCCGGCGUCGUGGCCAAGGUGCCGCUGCGACUACGACAGGUCGUGCUGCGCUGCCCCAGAGCGAGGAGAAAUGGCCCGCUACCACUGUAACGGCCGUGCCGGCGCUCGGCCGAACCCAGGAUAGCCUCAAAACACCUUGCAGUGACGGCAGCCUCGGCAUCGAUGUGCGCUUCGUCCCUGGUCGCAAGAAGCGCUCGGUGCUGGAGGAAGUGACCGAAGAAGAAGCGGAGUAUUGCAUCUGA